UCUCGCCGUUCGUAUCGGGUGUAUAUUUCUCUAUUGUGUCUAAAUUUUGUUAUAAAUAGGUUUAUUGCUAAAUAUGUAAAUCUUAACAUAAAUCGUGGUUGGUACAAACUAAACACUUUUUCUCUUAAGUGCCUAUUUAAAACUCGUUUCCGUACACCAUUUUCAGACGUGUUUAUCGAGUAUCGACCCGAUCUCUGUUUUUAUUUAUAGUACGGGUAUAUUUGUCUGUUUGUUUUGCAAACAAAUAGUUUAUCCCGCGAAUUAAGGAGAGUGCAGUGAUAAUGUUGCUUUGAAGGAGUGGUUGCGCCGGUUAAAAAUGUGGCGUGUUGUAGUUUUUUGUGCGUUGGUGGGGUCUACUGUGGGGCAGUCCUGGGUGACAAAUAUUACUGAUAAUCUUCGAGAUGGCUUGUCUCGGGUUCUGGAGUCGUCCGUGGUUAACUACUCAACGCCUGUUAUCAACGUCAGCUAUGGAGCCAGGGUGGAAUUCGACAUGCGCGCUAUGGGACAUCUUUAUAAUUCAAGCCACACCAUUAUAGACAUCAUCGCGAAUAAACAAGCAUAUCCAGAAGGUAUAGUCUGGUUUUCUGAUGGAAACUUAGAAGUAGCACCUCUGCAUGAGAAAUGGAAGACCCUGCUAGCCCAUUACGCUGGCCCUGUUGCUGUGAUUGUCGUUCUUGUCCUCUUGGUCGCUAUACUUCCACUUACGGGCCUGUUCUGGUGCUGUUGCCAAUGGUGUAAGUCUGGUCGGAGAAGGAGGCCGUUCGACCGGAAAUACGACGCAUGUCUCAAAGGAAUAUUGGCCAUCGUUCUUAUAGGAUUCCUUACUCUAUUUUUAUUCGGGGUCGUAUGUGCGUUUGCGACUGAUUCUCAACUAGACACCGGUACUACAAAUGUAGCAAAGACUGUUAAAUCAAGCGUACAUGACGUUAGGGAAUUCUUGAAUGCCACCCAGGCACACUCCAGACAUUUACUAGUCACAAACUACAAGGAGCUUGAGGCGGAACUUAACGAGAUGCUUACAAGUAGCGGUCAAACGGUGCUAAAAGUGCUGGAUGAUUUCACAAGCGCUACGUCUGUGCAAAAGUUGAAUGGAAUGGUUCAACAGUUGGAUAGAGUUCCCGAGGAUUUAAGAACUGUACAGAAAUCAACUUCAGCGCUGCGAUCGAAGGCUGAAGAACUUGACGCUGGAUUACGCCGAGUUAAAGCGUUGCUACAUCGUACACUGGUGGCUUGUCAGGAAAAGGAAUGUAUAAAGCUGCAAGAGAAAUACCGACUUGGACAGUUAGGCACCGAAAUACAAUAUAAUAUGAUGCUUGAUAAAUAUUUUCCAACGAUACCUGACGUAUCAGAUCUCUUGAGUAACGUCAGCUCGCUGCUAGAGAGUAGUAUAAAAGAAGACGUAGCAGCUGGGUUGGAAGUCUUUAGCGGCAUCAAGCAGACCGUCGACCAGCACAUACCGAGGGUCCAGGACGCUAUCACUGAUACGGGUCGGCGUUUGGCAAAUGUAGCAGAUAAUAUCACACAUGCAGCAGGCAGUAUGAGCAGGAAACUUGCUCAAGUCAACGUCAAAACUGAUGAAAUACAACGCGAUUAUAUAGAACGGUACGCGCCGUAUCGCAAAUAUGUGUCAAAGGCUGCUGCAGCUGUGUUGCUUUUGAUUGUGGUAGUGAUGUCGUGGGGUCUUUUGUGCGGUGUAUGUGGUAAACGACCUGACGUGUACGGCACAAGUGAUUGCUGCAACAAAGGAACUGGAUCUACUUGUCUUCUGUGUGGUAUAGCAAUAACGCUAUUUAUGGGUGCCUUUAUCGCUAUAAUGAUCUUGAUUUAUUUCGUAUUCGGCGUCACGGCACAGAGAUUCGCCUGCGAUCCUUUGACCGAGCCCCGCGAUAACCGUUUAUUUGCGGAUGUAGAGACGUUUGUGGACUUCGAGAAUGUGAUGUUCAACAAUAAAAGUGAUCCGGACUUUAAUAUCACCGCAGUCUUACUGGCCUGUCAUCAUAAUAAGACUGUCUAUGAGGUACUACAUCUUCACCGCCUUUACGAUCUGGAAGCAGUUAAGAAAUCAGUAGAAGAAGAACUGGGUCGCCGUGUAUCUUCCCUAAGAACAGAUUAUCCACCCCGGGGUCGUCCUUUGCGUAUUUUAAAACCAGCAGCAAGGGCAAAGUUAGAUCAAUUAGCUAAUACGGGACUCUCUGACUUCAAUUUUGAUAAGAUUUUGGAGGCGCUGGAAACAAACAUAACCUCUCUACCAUUAGAGUCACUAUCGUCCCAACUACAGCAAACGGCGAGAUCCCUUACAGGACGAGCGGGGUAUGGGGAAGUGGCCAGGAGUUUGAGGGAAGCCGCUGACCAAUUAGAUCUAUUACAGAGGGAUGUUGUCAACCCGAUGUUGGAACAUACUGCUCAGUUAAAUAAAACGGCAACAGAACUUCGAGAUGUCCUCCGUUUCAAUCAAUCUUCGCUAAAGGAAGCCAUUCAGUACCGCAUCAGGGACACAACUGAGGUCGAAUUGUUCCUUAACACUCAAGGCCCUGAUUUGGUACAAAAUUUGACCCGUGAAUUUGCUGAAGUAGUGGGUGAGCGCCUUCAAGAAUACCUGAGCUUGGUGGUGGCAGCCGCUCGUACAAAGGUCGGCCGAUGCGAGCCGCUCUCGAAUGCCUUUAAUGCUACAAGGGAUUCCGUCUGCCGUGCUGUUCUCAUGCCUACUCAUGGGUAUUGGAUAUCUCUGGCCUGGUGCGUCUUACUAUUCGUGCCUCUGAUGGUCAUCGCUCAACGACUGUCCCGGCUGUACCGACAUCCCGAUCCAUAUCCGGGACCGCUUGUUGAGGCCGAAUAUUUGUAUGACGCGUACGCGGACCGCGAUAACAUACCCCUUGCCAAUGGAUCGAAGCGAAGCACCUUGGACAUCGAAGGGAAGAUCGCCGAAUGGAGGGGCAGGAACCGUGCCGCAGCUGACAGUGACGGACCGCUUGUCGACAGCGAUGCAGGAGACGGCUCUCCGCAAUCACGUACUCAGCUCGUGGUGGGAGGAAAGGGGGAGGUCGUAUGUGCUCUUCUGCCCCCUCCGGCGGCCCUCAUUGACGAUCUCAAGACACGUCUCGACGCUAAAGAUGAGGACAAUGAAUCGGGCAUUCACGAGUCCGAAUAAGUCCAUGGUUGAUUUUUCUUGUUGUUUGUGACGUAAUACGUAAUUUAUGUAUUUCUACUUGUGAAUUUAUUGAAUUUGAUUCUAUGUUUAUGCUCAUUCCACUUUGUGACUUAAGGAAUUUAGUAGGUUUUACGCGUUAGAAAUAAUAUAACUUUAAGGUGAGCUUCCGCGAUGUCCACAACGUUAGAUUACAAUGAAAUCGACCAAUUUUACGUAGACAUGGUCAAAUUUUGGUUGAAAGUCUUCCAAUUGUUAACUAAUAUUGCGAUAGUAGCAAGUUUUCCGAAAUUAAACGCAUGUAUAUUUCUCUGUUUGCUUAAUUCCAAACUAAUUCGUUGAAUUUAUCUCGCGUUAUCGCGCAGAUCAGACUUAUGAUAUUUAAUAGAAGUAUUUUGUAACAAUUAUAAUAAAAAGCUUCUAAAAAUACGUCCAUAUAACACAAUCGCUUUGCUAUUUGCUUAAUAGAAAGUUUCAAGUUGCUAAUCCAUUUCCUCCAUUGUAAUAAAAAUCAACUAUUAAAAAAUUAAAAAAAGGGUUUAGCAUCUUAAAGGCUUUUAGCUAAAUUAUUAGUCAUGGUAAAUUUCAAUAAUAUUACCAAAUACUAACCGAAACGCUUGUACAAGUUUUGAAACUACAUUUACUACAUACAAAUUAUGAGUAUUUUCUUAAUAUAUUUAUGUUGUCUUGAAGCACAAAUAGUAGCUUUUGAUACGGUGUUUUGAUGUAAUUUUAUCUUGUAUAUCAAUUUUGAUGUUUAAACUGUCAUAUCAUAGACCUAAGUUUAAGCUAGCAAUUAGUACUAUAUAACGUAAGUAAGUAACGGAGUAAUUAUAAUCUCAUUUACGUUUAAAUGUGAUUGCACUGCAGUGAAUUGAUAGGUUUCAUUAGAUUCCACAUUUAGAAUUGUAUAUAUGUUAGAUCAUAAUCAUGUAAUCUUUCGAUGUUGUCUGUGGCCAUAUCUAUUAGUUCUAAGAUUAUUGAAUCUGUAUGCCAUAUUGUUGUAGAGAAAUAAACUUUAUUUAUAAGGAGAUAAAGUCCAUUUUUAGACGCCCAUAUCUCGGAAAGGAGUUCAAGCACAAUGUGGUAACUAACUCGUGAUUUACCUUGUUUUGUUUUUAUCUUGCAUGUACAAAUAAUUGUGGUUGGUGUGUCUUUACUAUCGGAAAAAAUACUAAAAUGGCUGGAUUUGCUAACCUCUUUUGAUUUUUGGUUGGUAAUUUUUUUUCUUCACGUUCUUUUCAUGUUUAUUUUACUUUUCCAUUAGGCACGCAGUCUUGAUGUAGCAUGCAUCCCGCUAUUAUUAUUUUAUUUAUAUAAAAAUUGUUUGACUUUUGUUGACGACUUCCGACUAUAAACUUUAUAUUUAAACUACUUUAUUAAAUAUUACACUUGAACGAGAUUUCAAAACAGGUCAUGCCAAGAAUUAGAAUGACUUAAGCCAUCCCUUUUAUUAAUACAUUAACAUUAUUUCUUUGUGAUUAGCUGUAAUUGAGAAUGUAUGAAAAUUAACAAAUUUUUAUUAGCCCUAUAACAUUACGAUCAUUGUACCUACUCCUACAGUGGAGACGGAGUUGAUAAUUUCGUAAUAUAAUAAAUAUAAUGAAAAUAAGUAUGAAAAUCAGAUAGAGCCACGCCGCGUAACUGACUAGUCUAUGUCAACAGCAACAGCCCUUAAAGCACGACUGAAACCAUUUCAUCUAUGCAUCACUAUUACUUUCUUUGAAUGUGCAUUUCGUACUGUACGUAAAUGUCGUCAUGUUUUUAUUCCUAAAUUUUUUGCAAUCUCGUUUAAGGACAAACCGUACCUUUGAUAGUCGAGAGUCGUACGACGUGAUAGCGUGCUUUAACAAGGAUGU